AUGGAGUUCUUAGAGUAUAACGACGUAUCGGCAGAAAUAAAAGGCAACAUGGUCCCUGGGCGUUUAAAAAUGACCGAUCAGAACAUUAUAUUUAAGAACAGUAAGACUGGAAAAGUUGAACAAAUAUCCGCGAAUGACAUUGAAUUGGUAAAUUUCCAAAAAUUCAUUGGUUCUUGGGGACUACGAGUUUUUCUCAAGAAUGGCACUUUACAUCGAUAUGGAGGCUUUAAGGAGGGUGAACAAGAGAAGGUAGCAAAAUUCUUCAAAACAAACUACAAUAAGGAUAUGUUAGAAAAGGAGCUGUCCCUAAAAGGCUGGAACUGGGGAACAGCUAAGUUUAACGGAGCGGUACUGAGCUAUAAUGUUGGCUCAAACACAGCUUUUGAAAUCCCCUUGCAUUAUGUAUCUCAAUGUAACACUGGAAAGAAUGAAGUUACACUGGAGUUUCAUCAGAAUGACGACACUCCUGUUUCCUUAAUGGAGAUGCGGUUCCACAUUCCGACCAGUGAGCUGGCCGGUGACAUGGAUGCUGUGGAGGCUUUCCAUCAACAAGUGAUGAACAAAGCCAGUGUUAUUUCUGUAUCUGGUGAUGCUAUCGCUAUCUUUAGGGAAUUGCAGUGUCUUACUCCACGUGGUCGUUACGACAUCAAAGUAUUCCAAACGUUCUUUCAACUUCACGGUAAAACCUUCGACUACAAAAUACCCAUGUCGACAGUAUUGCGUCUCUUUCUAUUACCACAUAAGGACACGAGACAGAUGUUCUUCGUAGUGUCCCUGGACCCGCCGAUCAAGCAAGGUCAAACGAGAUACCAUUAUUUGGUUUUGCUGUUUGGUAUUGAAGAGGAAACUAGUUUAGAGUUGCCGUUUACUGAGGAGGAGUUAAAAGAGAAAUACGAAGGAAAAAUAUCAAAAGAACUCUCGGGGCCAACAUAUGAAGUUCUAGCUAAAAUUAUGAAAGUCAUCAUCAACAGGAGAGUGACAGGACCUGGAGAUUUCUUGGGACACCACAAGACACCAGCCAUCGCUUGCUCUUACAAAGCGGCCGCCGGUUAUCUCUACCCCCUGGAAAAGGGGUUCAUCUACGUGCACAAACCACCCGUGCAUAUACGAUUUGAGGAAAUCGCUUCUGUCAACUUCGCUAGAGGCGGUGCUUCAUCUACUAAGUCCUUCGAUUUCGAAAUAGAAUUGAAACAGGGCAGUGUCCACACAUUUAGCAGUAUCGAGAAAGGUGAAUACGACAAACUGUUCGAUUACAUCACUAUGAAGAAACUACACGUCAAAAACACUGGCAAGAAUGACAAAGCUCUAUAUGACGAUGACUUCGGAGACUCGGACACGGAGAAGGAGCCCGACGCAUAUCUGGCGCGGGUGAAGGCCGAAGCCAAGGAACGGGAGUCGGAUGACAGUGAUGGGUCAGACGAGAGCACCGACGAAGACUUCAAUCCAGAUAAAGCUAAGGAGAGCGAUGUCGCUGAAGAGUAUGAUACUAACCCAUCGUCGUCAGAAGAUUCCGACGCCUCAGAUGCGUCCAAGGGGAGUAAGAAAGAGAAAGAAAAGAAACAAGAGAAAAAGCCCAAGAAGACGAUUACAAUUUCAGAGGCGCCGCGUAAACGUAAGGAGAAAUCUAAGAAGCGGGAAAAAGACGCGAACGCACCCAAAAGGCCGUCAACGGCGUUCAUGCUGUGGCUGAACGAGAACCGGAAGAAGAUCACAGACGAGAACCCUGGAAUCAAGGUCACGGAGAUCGCCAAAAAGGGCGGAGAACUAUGGAGGGAUCUCAAGGACAAGUCGGAAUGGGAGGAGAAAGCGAGCAAAGCGAAAGAGGAAUACAACCAAGCAAUGAAGAAGUACAAGGACAGCGGCGCAGCGGACGAGUUCAAGCAAAAGAAGAAACAGGCGGAGAAAGAGGAGAAGUCGGCUGAUAAGAAGAGUAAAGCGCCGGCGCCGAAGAAGGCCAAAGCGAAUACGAGCGCCGGUUCCGGUUCUGGAAAGUUCACCAGUAAGGAGUACGUGGAUGAUGAUGACAGCUCUUCAGACUCAGAUGCCGGCAAAAAGAAUAAGGGGAGCAAAGAAUCGAAAAAGGAAAAGGCGAAGGCAUCCUCAUCUGAAGCAGAGGCGUCAUCUGGUUCCGGUGACGAAAGUGGAAGCGGAACCAAUCAGAGACGACGUAGAUGGCGCUGUAGUGAUGACGCGAGGUCCCCCAAGCUAGCUUGCUCUGGGAACAUUGCUUCGAGCUCCAUACAUUUUCUUUCGGUUCUCUACGUCUGCAGUUUGGUUGUGUACGAGUUCAAAAAUAAUUUCAAAAUUUUCGCCAUAAGGAAAAAAGUCAAAAUGUCGGACAAGCCGAAGCGUCCCAUGUCAGCUUACAUGCUGUGGCUAAACAGCGCAAGGGAACAGAUCAAAGCCGACAACCCCGGCCUCAAAGUCACCGAAAUUGCUAAAAAGGGCGGCGAAAUUUGGAGGGCUAUGAAGGACAAGAGUGAAUGGGAAGAAAAAGCAGCUCAAGCUAAAGAACAAUACACAAAGGACUUAGAAUCAUUUAAUGCGAAUGGAGGUGGUGGUGAAGGCGGCGGUGGUGGCAAGAAACAGGCACAGAAGAGAGGAAAGAAGGCCAAGAAAGCGUCCCCGAAGGCUAAGAAGAAGAAGGAAGAGUCUGACGAGGAAGAUGGUGACGAUGAUGAUGAGGAAAGCGAAUGA